AUGAGGUCCGCAGUGCUCAUCAUUGCUCUGUUGGACAUGAAUGCACUCACCACUGACGCCUUCCACCGCUCGCACGACUUCGAUCUGAUCAAGGGAGCGGGGCUGUACGAGCAGUGCAAGUGGCAGAUCAAUUCCGUUUUGUGUGAUAAGGGUCUAUUCUGCCAGACCAAGACGAGAGACUCCGGCCGAUGCAUGAAGAUAAACCCGGGACUUCAUGACCACUGCGGUGGCCCGACCGCGACAGGCACGUGGACCAGGCCCUGCAACGCCACGAACCUCAAGUGUAUGCCGACCAGGAAUGGAACGAAAACGUGCCAACCUAAACGAAGUCGCUGGAACCCGGAAAGGAUCAUUCGCUACUUCAUCCGCGAGGAGAAUGCCGAGGAGGUGUCGCCGCAAAAUUAG